CACCGGAGUUCAACCAUGGCGGAAAGCUGGUGUUACGAAGCGAAAAUUACCUUUUGGGUUUUGAAAUUAUUCCAAGAGUGUUGAACGAAGCAAAGCAGAUAACCACACGGCUUUCGACGGGCUACUCUAUUGAAAAAAUUUAGACGCGUGAACGUAUUGUGCUCAAUUCGCGGCAACAGAUGUAAAGGAAUAAUUUAGCGGAAACCUCGUACUGAUUUGCCCGAAAAUCGUUUGAGUAGAAGGUGUGUGUUUGUGUGACUUCAUCUCUGACCAUGAGCUCAGCACACGGAGGCAGACGAAGACCGCUUACUAGGACCACGUCCUCUUCAGAAGACCAGGCUCUGAAUCAAAUUGCACGAGAGGUAAGCUAAUGUUUUAAAGCGGCAUUUUAUAUGUAGUAAUCAAUUAUUUGAUUUUGUGCAACCGUCUUUUGCACAUCACUAGAAACCGGUCAUAAACCUUCACUUAAGAAGUGAAGAAAUGCAACGUUGGCGGGCUGUCUAGUUUAUUUUAGCUCUUUAGAGGGCAACAUCUCCUAUAUUCUAAUUGAAUAAAUAACAUUCUGAGUUGACGUACAUUUCAUGUACGGAUGUCAGUUUCAAUGACAAGUUUGAAUCAACAGCAAAAGUCACGAUUUGCCGCUGUUAAUUUCAGUUCAUUUGCAAACUAACCAGACACUUACAAAAUGUUUGUGCUAAACUGGAUAGUUAUUUUGUUUUUCGCUUUAGUAUUGUUAAGCUUUAUUCAUGUUUUUUGCCGUCUCUCUAUGCGUCAAGGGCGUGUGUGAAUGUCUUAACAAACAUUGUUUAUUAUUUACGAUACUACUCCCUGGUGGACUUCUUCGUCGUAUUUAUAAUCGCCCUACUUUCGUUAUUUCUUGCUAGUUUAUCUCAACUGUUAAUAAAGGACUCCAGCUGUUCUUGAAUAUAAUUAAAACCACUUGUACUGCUCCUAAAAUAUAAUUUUGCAAUAAUCAUGGCACUAAAUUAUAAAGAAGGCAACAUUUAAAAUUUCAUUCCAUACAGUAUUUCAACCAGAACACUGACAUAUCUGCAAACUACAUGGACCACACAAAAAAUUAUGAGAAGUACAUUCAAUGCUGGUGAUUAAACAUGGAAACUUUUUCCUUUUGUAAAGUAUAAUUUUCUACAUCAUGCAAGGUUUAUGCCGUCUUGUCUAAUUGUUUAUAAAACUGUUUUGGAAAAAUUCUCCAGACAUAUUAAAUAUAUCAUAAAUAUUUUAAUUUGAAACCCAAGACUGACUCUGCAAUUUAAUAAAACAUGCAUAAAUCAUUAAUUUUCUGUUUAGCCUUGGCCAUGGAGUAUAUUUGGACAAUAUUUUAUGAAUAUUCACUAUAUAUGGACACCCCUUUGUAGCUAAGUUUUUAUCUCAGGUAAUUUUUGUUUUUCUUUUUUGCGGGGUAUGAUAUUGUAUGCUAAUGAAGUUGAAACAAAGGAAAAAUAAAAAUUACCUGAGCUAGAAAUUUAACCACAACAUUUAAUACAGACGUGCAGACAAAGGAUAGUUUUUCGGUGGGUGUCCAAUUAACAGAUACACAAAGUUAAGGGGCAUAAGACUUAACAGCUGACAAGUGUCAAAUAGUGCACUUGCAUUUCUUUGUUCAAAUGAAAAUGACAAAGUGGGAAGCAUGCAAAGCAUAGAUCUUUUGCUUUUUUACUUGUUUCAGCCAUGUAUAAAUCUUAACAAGGGCUAAAAAAAGGGCUUGGGCAAGGCAUUUUAAAGACCAUCUGUGAUUACACAGAUUUGUUGAUGCAGCAUAUCUUUGUGUAUUGUGACAUCAUGAUAUCUUUGUUCAAAUAUCAAUAUUUGUAUUGUCGAAAAAAACCCAGGGUUCACUAAUAUGUCAGUGUCUUUGCAGCCCAAGUCAGACAUUGCAGGACUCCAAAAAAGUCCUGUCCAGUAGUCCAGGACAUGUAGAGUUUUUUGCUGGGCAGGUGACUUUUAACCCUUUAAACCCUAAGAGUGAUCAGCAUCAAAUUUCUCCUUGUAAUAUCAAUGCUUUGUAAAACAGAGUGGUAAUGAGAAUUACGAACAUGAUCACACAAGAUGAAUUUACUUGAUAUUCUAUUAACUUCUCCCCAUUACUUCUGUAGGAAACAAACAGGGGUAACAAAUGGGAAUUCAAAUUUUGAUCUUGGGGUUUAAAGGGUCCAGGCAAGUCAUCUUUUAAAAAAGUCAUUAACUACGAUGAGAACGAAGUGGCCCCAGGUGAGCAAAAGAGGAGAGCUGCUUGCCUAAAGGACAAGCUGGACAAGUUUGUUUUAACCCUGCACUGAAUAUUUUUUUGUAUUCUCAUUUGAAGGCUGAGGCCCGCUUGGCAGCCAAAAGGGCAGCAAGAGCUGAGGCACGAAGUAUUCGUCUGAAGGAACUUGAACGUCAGCAACAAGAAGGCGAAAAUGUAUGUCUAUGGAGUCAUACUUUGCUGUUAUUACAGACAGUGGAUAUUUGUACAUUCAUUGUUUGCAGCUUUAUUUAAACUUAUUUUGGUUGUGUACCAAGAUAAAUCCCCCAUUUUACAUGUCUUUCUUUUGGUCAAAAUUGCCAGACAGGGUGAUUGCACUUAAUUUGAAGUUUCUUGUCAAGUAUGUCUAGUUCAUUUUGUUAAUACUGCCAAUUACAGUACACUUCCUUUUAUUGAAGAAAUAUUUUGUAAAUAACAAAAUCACAGCUUCUUGUCCAACAAAAAUGGAUCCUAAAUAUUACAUGAAAUGUCACAAACUGCAAAAAAAAAAAAACUUUUGAAAACUUUGAGUAAAAAGUUUUCAAAACCUACAAUAAAUAUAUAUGACCAUGAGUUUCAUCUUUCUCAAGUUCAUCCAUCCUUACCUUCAUUGUAUUUGCCUUGUCAUUUAUACCUACUUUUAAUGAUGUGAGUGGUUAUUUUUAUAUUUCAUCCAGUUGGGCGGCAGUUUCUACUGUUUGAAUUUGGAUAAAUUUUGAUACUGAGCUCUUUUAAUACAGUCGACUCCUGAUAAUUCAAACCGUUUAGGGAAAUAGAAAAAGUUUGAGUUAUCGGGAGUUUGAGUUAUCAAGGGUAAAAUUAAAUGGAAAAUGACCUGAAGGGAAAUGAAAAUUACUUCGAGUUAUAGAGGGUUUGAGUUACCGGGAGUCGACUUUAUUACACAGAUGCCUACUUCAAAACUUUCUGAAAACUUGUUUUUCUGCUGACAGUUUAUCAUAAACAAUGUAUUAAUGCACACAGAUUCACAAAUAAAGUUCAUGUUGAAAAAGACUGGUUUACUUCACAGGUAGAUGAUGAUGAUCAGUCUGCAAAUGAGGAACCACCCAUUCCACCUGCAAGAAAGAAGGUACAGACUGUAACUGAACUAGUCUAGAACUGUUUUUUACAAGAGUGUAUUAAUUCUGACUUCACUAGCACAAGACAUUCAACGUGAACGUGAAUACUUCAUUGAGACAUUCAGUUAUCCGAUGUGGGUUUAUCUGUAGGUGCAUCAAAUUUACUACAUUUAUGGAUCCUUACAAAAUAGUGUUACAGGUUCUAGGCUAGGAUCUGUGUCCUGUCAAACACAGGGCUCCAAGCUGCAACUAUGACAAAGAGAAAAAUAAAAACAUUUCUUAACUAAAAUUGCAGCAGAGUCACCAAUUUGAUGUCCUGUCUUCAACAGUCAUAUGCUAAGCUGCAGUGCUUUUGUUAGCAGUGUUUAUAGACUUUUUUAGCUAAAGGUAGAUCAACAUUUUGCUCCUCAUGCCCCAAUUGCACUGUGGUCACUAUACCCUUGCAGUGCAUCUUACAAAAAGUUCAGUUCCUACAUUCGAUGAUGGAUUUUAGGUUACUUUGUUUUUCAAACAAGGUAACUAGAUAGUACGAGAAACACCAUUGCAGUAUAGCAUGGAGAGAGACUGAUGUUGAAUAAUGCAAAAAUCCCGUUAAAAGAUUAAAUAGACCACAAACAUCCCAUAUCAACCUGCAGGCCAAUGAAGUUAAUAAUCAGUUUCAUGUCCUCUUUUGUUCUUUUUUUAAGGUUCCAGUUGCGAGAUCAAUUUCUGCUGGUCCCAUAAGCCCUGUCAGCAAGGACCAGAGCAUUGAUAUGAAUGGACCAGUAGUACCUGAGAAAGUCCUCAAGAGUAUUCAGGUUUGAACUGAUGGUUAAGUCUAGUUAUUGUGGGCUCCUCUUGUCACCCACAGUCGUACUUUCCAGGUUGUUAUUAUGCAUGAACGGCACGUAUGUAGCCAGCUUAGUUUGGACUUCCACAAUGAAUGAAUGGAAUGCACAGAAUGCAAUCUGAUCACCCUCAUUUAUACUCUCUAUCACUCAUGAUCUGAUCACCCAUAUUUUGACCAUCUAUCAUGUGAAACAUACACAAAGCACAAUGUGGGAGCAAAAGCGUUUUGCCCUUUAGCUGUUGUUGCCUGCUUUCCAUAACCUUUGGUCAUUAAUAGAACUUAUAUAUCUCUCAGUUAGUAGGCACACUAUGAUUGGUCCUGAUGAAGGUAUAAACAUCCUACCAAUGUUGUUUUCUCAAUCCAUACUGUAAAUUACAGAACCUUGUUUAUCCACUUGCAUUCAUGACCUGCACGCUUCUCGCUUGCGCUGAAAAUCAAAGCAGAAAAAACUAGGUCCAUAACUUAUGGUGCAGACCUGGAACUGGGUUAGUAAGAGGCAUUUAUAUUCUUACCUUUGAUGCUGACACUUGACAAUCCUUGACAUUCUCCAUGGAAACACUUCUCAGAAACACAACAAGGCUCAAAUACAUUUGGGAUAGUCACCGGUCAUGUUGACUGGCGAGAGAAAUUAUAGCUCGGUCAUAUCUGUCUUCUCACACUAUCAAAGUAUGAAUGUCGUAGCUUAACAAACCAAAACAUAAAGUGAAAAAAGAUGAAUGUCCUCUUGAUCAGAACUUGUAAUGUUGUGAAAAUGUAUUGUUUUUCUGGUCGCUAAUGUUUACAAGUCCGGUCAAAAUGGCCGUCCAGCAAAUCGAAAGUUUGUUCAAACAAAUGGCCAUCUUAGCCGGACAUUAUUGGUUGACCGGCCGUUAUUUUGUGCCCUGCACAAUCUACACAAUUCUUUGUACAUGUGCUCUCAUUGCUACCCUAUCCUUCCCCUGCACUAGUCUAGAGGGGCACUGAUGAUACCAAUGGGUCAUUAAUUUUUGGUUUUCAGGAUAACCUGAAAGAAACAGAAGAGAAAUACAGGAAAGCAAUGGUGUCUAUAGCUCAGUUGGAUAAUGAAAAGCAAGCUCUCUUGUAUCAAGUGGACUGUUUGAAGGACAGGUACAACACUAUUAUAUUGCACCUUUAUGACAUUUUAGUAUAAAAUUGAUAAUAAUAAUAACUUUAUUUCUUUUAUUAUUAUAUUAUUAUUAUUAUUAUUAUUAUUAUUAAAGUUAAUGUUAAUGUUGGCAAGCAAUAUCAUGUUAGCCUGCAGAUCACUGUGUUUUACCUCAUGUGGUAUCUACUCACUUUGCACUUUGCCUAAUAAUAUUACACAAGUAUGCCCUCCAAUUCGAGACUUUCCUUCAUUGCUGCAAGUUCAAGCAGCAAAGUUAACCCCCCUCACCCUUCCAUUAUUGGAGGCUUCCCGUAGUUGCUUGUUUUGUUUUCAGUUCCACCAUUUCUUUUGAUGCAUUUAAAUGCAAUUUAAAGGAGUUAACAACUAAGAGCACCUUGAGUGCCUGAGGUCAGCAGUCUUUAGCAUGCGCAUGCCCAGGAGCUGGUUACGUCAAUCAUCUGAUUCAUUGGCGCGUUCAGUUUUCCUUUGUGCCAGUGGAAGCCCCUGGAGUGCUCCAGGCACCCAACCUCCAUUUUAUCAAUGCAGUUGCUAAAUUGCUUUUAAGUUUAACUGUCUUGGUGUUCUAUGAAAAAAUUAAGGGCUGGGAAUUUCUGCGGGGAAAGGCAUCCCUUAAGCCUUGUGCUGAAGCCCUGUCAGGGAAAAGCAUGGGAAUUCUGCUGGACUUGGUUAACUUGGCCAAGGAUAUAACCCCUAGCCACAUGGGUGUUUGAACCAUGUUCGCCAUGCAGUACACGGCACAAGGCGCCUCUUCUGCAUGACACUAUAUGCGGAGACCCCUCAUCUGGUGGGUUAUCUGGGAAUUGGUGAGUUCUAUCUGAGCUGGCUUUUCUCUGCCCAACUUUGCCCAUCAAAGCCUUAUGUAUUUCAUUUUUUCUUUGUCGGUGCACCAUAACAUUAAUAGAAUAUGAAUAUCAGUGCACUGGCAUAUGGCUUGCCAUAAUGUAACUCUUUUGACUGUUUUUACUUUUGUUUGUAGGCUGGUUGAGGAAGAGGAGAUUUCGGGUGAAGUGAAGGCUGAGUUUAAAGAAAAAACAAAGGUACUGAAAAAUGGUUUAUUCUGUUGUUUGUUUGUUUGUUUGCUUGUUUUAUUCGCCACACAAUAAUGGAAGUUACAAAUGAUAUAACUAAGAAAUGUAGAAGUGGCAAGGAGACCUAACAGAAACUAUAGAGCCUUAUGAGCGGUUAGGUCUCCUUGAACUACAGGCUAUCUACAAUCGGCGACAAAAUUGUUGAGACAUUGUACUUAAAUAGGGUGACUUCGGAGAACAAAAGAAUCCGCACCCCUCCCCUGUCCCCUCCAUUCAAAGUUGGGGUGUUUGUUGUUUUCUAUAGGUAGCUAGAACAAGGGCCCAACAUUGUACGGAGGGGAUGGGGGAGGAAAGCUAUAUUUCCUCCUUUUGAAGUUCAAAAAACGUAAAAAAGCCUACUUUUGGGCGAAGUGUCUCAACUCAUUUUGUCGCCGAUUGUAGCUGUUUUCCUCAAUUGAAGACAAGUUGGGGUAAAGUCAAAAGUGGAAAUGAUUUAAAAUUGGUUGUCAUACUAACCGGGACUUGAUAAUUUAGUGUUUAGUAUUUUCUUAAAGAGAAUGAGAGUUGAUGUCUUCAUUGUCAAGUGAGUUAAAAAACUUGGGUCCUUGAACAAUAGCGCAGAACUAAUUCAUGAAUGACAACUGAGCUUACUUUGUUACAAUAUUAGGGCUAAACAUUCAUAGAAAUGGGCUGGGAAAAAAUUGCCUGGUUAAAUGUAAUUUGGCAUAAAGUCAUGACAAACAGAAAGAGGAGAUAAGCAUUAUUCAGCACAUCAUCACUACGAAAUUACCCAAUCAACAAUGUGAAAAAGUUAUUAUGUCUGUUAUGGUGUUCAUUUUCAGGAAAACAGUAAACUUCAAAAGACCAUCAAAGGGCAUGAAGAGGAGAUUAAGAAGCUGAAGGAGGCUAUUGAAUUUAGAGAUAAUUUCCUGGCGGUAAGUCAUGUUCUAACUUAUCAUUCUGACAACUAAAUACACAGUGGACAAACAAUGAAAAUAGACAGUGAGUCAUGAAAAAAAACAGGGGGAAAAUAAUAAUUAGUGGUUCAACUCAUGCUUAUGGUUGAAGCUGUUUAAGGUGGCUCGAUACAGUUUUUAAGGGUCAAUGCCUCCCAAGUUUGAGCAUAAACUACAGACAUCGCCAUAAAAAAAGAUUUGGAAUAAUUGCCACCACAGUUGUAUUAGGUAAAGAUGAAAAUUUGUUCUGAUAUUAUUAUUAUUAUUAUUAUUAUUAUUGAUCAGGGUGCCAUUGGAGUAGUCAUAGCAACAAAAUGAUGCCAUUACCUAUUUUAAUUGCACUGUAAACUGUUCUGACAAAAUUGUUCACGGGAGCUUUUUCCUCCAAUAGCCACUAUGAUGUUCGUGAAAUUUAAGUAAAAUCUGUAAGGGCAUUGUUGAGAUCUAUAUUAUUAAUUGCAAUUAUUUUUCUAGUAGUUAAUCCAGCUUGGUAGGUGUACGGGCUCAAUCUGCUGAAAUGAAUUGAAACCAAAUGAUACUUGAAAUCUUAGACCUCUAGUAGUCCCUUACUUCAAUCAACAGGGCUCAAGAAAAGGCCCGUCUGGUAGUCGAGGACGGGUAGAUUUUUUUUUCUGCAACUAACACUCUCAAGCUUACUUGUCCAGCAGGCAGGGUCAAAGCCAGUCAUCCACUAACAAAAUCAUUAACUAAGACACGCAAGAAGUGGCCCGGGCGGGCAAAAUGUGGGAGCUACUUACCCAAAGGAUAUGGUGGAUUUCAAUUUUUUUUUUAGCUCUGAAUCAAGGGGUAGUAAAACAUGAAAAAUACCACAAGCAUGCACGAAAAUCACCAAGCACAUGGAAUAAAGAAAAUGAUGCAUGUUUUUUCCUCAUCUUUUGAGGGGCGGGUCAUAGGCUUUGUCAUUCUCAUCAAUAUGUUGUGAUUUUUGUGCCGUUUCAGGAGCGGGGGCUUUCUCUUUAUGAGGAUCAGGAAAUCAAGGAUGAAAGUGUUGAAUCCAACACAGCGACACUUAGAGAUGCGAUUAGCUUAGCUGUUCCUGAUGAAACUUCUUCAGGUAAAAAUGUACCGUACCACUGUAAAUAAAACCACAUAGCGUGAUAGGAGUCUGCUUCCUCAAUUAAAAUGCUAAACUACCCAUUAAACAGGCACAAUAUUAUGGUUGUUUCUGUAAAAUUAUUGUACAGGGGAUGGUUUGGGAGGCAUAAACCCUGACACCCUCCCCUCAAAACAUUUUUUUACAUAUGAAAGCAAGAUGGCCACCCAAACCGGUAAGAGCUCAAUCCUGAUGAAAAGAAUGGGGACUGUGAACAGUCUAGUGAUUUAUAAAGUUUAACAUGUUCCUCUUUGUUAUUGAUGACACAGACCGAAGUAGUGAGCCCCCCAAAAGUCGCUCGAACAGUCGCCGUCCCUCCUUAUCAGAUGAAAAAGAAGUUUUAGUCUUACAGGUAAUCAAUUUAGUUCUAUUUGUUAUGUACAAGAAUAGAGCAAAUAAAUCCAGUUGAAUUUUAAUAGGCCUUGAAAGUCUGGAAUUGUUUGGAUUCUAUUCAUUUUAUGUUAAAUACUUUGGGCGUGAUAGAUUCAACCGAAAUUUCUGGAAAUUUCGGUCCAAAACUCAAUGGAUCAGUUUGGUCCAACCAGAAAAGUUUCGAAAAAACGGUUCCACCUUUUGAGGUGGACCACUUUUCCCGGUCGGACCAGUUGGAAUUUUGGUUGAAUGGAUCGCACCCUUUAGGCCACUUAAGGCCACUGUUAACGUUGUUACAACAAAACUUGCUUGUAGAACAUUGUAAACAAAACAUAGCAGUUUUAAUUAGACUUUUUUUCCAUCUGUAGAUUAAGAAUCUUCAAGCUGAAGUAUUAUCUUUGAAGAAAGAAGAGUCUGAUAUGCCUAAAACGAUAACAGCUGAUUUAGAGGAACUUAGAAGUAAGUUGGUCUAUUCUUACAACUGUACACAUUGAUCAGUGAGGUGCUGUUUGACCCCAUUGAUCCAUACAUUGCUAAAUCCCCUACAUUUACUCUUAAAUUACAAGUGCUAACACGAACCAAUUUUGUGUACCUUGGGCCUAAUUCUUGUUGGAAGGUGAUGGUAAUGUUCACUUUUAAGAACUUGUGACAGCUUCUAAGAAUGUUUCAGAGCUUGUUUAAGUGGGGGGAGUUUUGGCAAUUAAAUGAAAGUGAAUACAACAAAGAUGUUUGUGAAGAGUUAAAAUCUGAGCGCAAAACCUACGUAUACCCGUCCUUCUAACAAAAUCUCUACACCCUUGCCGUUAAUUUCCUCUGUGUACUACCUUUACCUUUCUUAAUAUCUCUUCCACUGCUGCAAUCAAAAUGUAAUGACUAAUUCUAACCGUGAAACAAUGUCUUAAUGAUUCCAUCCUUGCAUUAUCAACCACUUUCAAUAAAUCGCUGACUAAUAAUUUGUAACAGUUAAUCGCUUACCUCAUCUGUGGUUAAUUUCAUUCACUUACUAGAAUUCAUUAAAUUAAUUUCCAUUUUUUUUUGUUUUUUGUUUUUUGCACUUUAUCACGUUACUUCCUGUUAUCACUGCUAAUAUAUUUAACACCUCAGUGUGAUAGCAUCAGUUCACUAACAUUCAGAAUGGUUACUUAUACCAUACGUUAUCAAAACCAGUGCCAUUCUUUUUAGUUAUGAAACCCAACAACUUCUUUAUUGUGACUGCUUGUUUGAUAUGGACGAGAGUAGGCAUCAGCCCUCGCUCAUCUCCCGUUAAUAAGAGUGGCCCAACAUCAAUUUCCCGUUAACAAUCUUAAUACUUAAUUAACAGAAAACUCAAAAGGCUAUGAGAACGAACAAAAUGACCACCAAGAGGGAAAUGCCAUUAUUAAUAAAAAUUAAUAAGAACUUCAUUCAAAUGAUUCUUUAAGGAAAUGUAUGAGGAUAAGUGGAGAAUUUGAAUGUGAAUAUUGGGGCUUAAAGGUCAGUACACACUAGGUAACGGAGUAACGUGUUGCUGCAACUAGUCGCCCGACCUGUACAUAUGGAGUGAUUUGUCACCGCGACUUGUUGCGUAGUGUGUUCGUGGAAAAGGGACAUCUGGAUGGAUGUAUGGUCAACUACUAUCCUUUCUGGAUAUCUGAAUGACAUCCUAAGCAAAGCCCUUCCCUCCCCCAACCCCGAAACCACCCCCACCCCUCCUGCCCUUCUCCCUCUUUACAAAGAAUUUUGUCGAGAAUAGGGGAUAUGAUUAGUCCUUCAGCUUUAUGACUUCUUAGACUGCAAAACAGCCCGGUCCAGGCACUUUACAUGGCUAAAAUCUCAUGCCUUGCAAAACCGAUUUUGAGGGGAAAACGACUGUUUUGCAGUGUAAUGACUGUUCUUCUCACCUUGCAACAGAUGCAUUAUCUUCACUCUUCCCACACAAGGACAAAUCUGUACAAACUGGAAGACAAACACAGUUGAAGACCGCUGUCUCUCCCCCUUGGGCGUCGCUCUUUUUUACUACAGGUUGUUACGACAAUUGCAGGCAUGGGUACCGUUUAACCGUUCCUUAAUUCCGUUUUUUCCAUUUUCUUUUUCUUCAGGAGAAUUUAGUAGGCAAAUAAAUGAUUUCAAAAUAAAGCUGCAAAAAGCUGAGCAAGACAAUGCACGGCUUGAAGGACUUGUAAGUAGAUUAUGAGAUUCUGGGAACUUUCCACCGACCCCUCCCCUAAACCAACAUAUUGCCCUAUGGAAGAAGUUAGCGUUAGUGAUGGUAUAGGGGAGGGGUAGAUGGACUGAACGACCUUGUCACUCAAUCAAGACGCGUAAUACACCUUGAACUUUUCAAAUCCCGUAAUUUAAUCAUUCAAAUGAAACCUUUUUCAGCAGUACUUUCACAUGGUACUAUUUAUUUAGUGCAUAUAGUCCUAACUUUUGAGUCUGUGGACGAAAUCCUAUGUUGUUACCAUUCAAAUGAAACCUCUUAAGCGGUACUUUCACAUGAUACUAUUUAUUUUUCAGAAUUUUACAAAAUGAAAUUUGGAAAUUUUUAAGGGAAGGUGCUCCUGGGAGUGAAAUAAUAGAAAAUGAUUCUAAAUGCCCUGCCCAUCUCACCCCACCAUGUUUUCCCCUUGUAAUCGUAAGGGCUUCCGUGACCGCACCAAUGAAGGUGACACCCACGAGCCGAGUAAAAGUGGCCUUUAAAUUAGCUUGGGACCAGGCUCCGCCGUGUGGGAAAAAGGCGAAAAACGGGGUGAAAUAGAAAAAAUAUCGGCGAGCGAAGCGAGCCGAGCGGUUGCCUGGCGCCCUUUUCCCCUUCCCAGAAUAGCUCUCGGCUGACUUCGCCCGCCAAUUUUUUUUUUUUCGCCCACGCUGAUUUUUUUCACCUUUUUCCCCCAAUGCGGAGCCUGGUCCGAGGCUACCUUUGAAUAAAACCGCUAGAUUCUGGACUCUGGCUUAAUCAGUAGGUUGAGUAGGGAGUCGUUCGUAGGAUCGAACAAAUAAGUUUAUCUUGAGUGAUGCUGUGUUUUAAAGCAGUCGUCAAAUCCCACACUUUACGGUUAAAGUAGAAAAACUGUUACAAAUUAUUAUUCAGCUUCAUUGUUAUUGGAGAACUUAAAAUUUCUUUAGCAAGGCGUGUUCUUAUGGUGUAUUCAUUCCUCCUCUGUAUUUGCCCUUCUUUUCGACUGUCGCCGUCGUUGUAACAAGUGAUGUAAACGUAGUGGGAUUUGUAUUGUUUUCCAGGUGGCGAGAUUGGAAAGCCAGGUGAAACGCUACAAGACUCAAGCGGAGGCCGCGGUAAGUUUUACAAAUACCUUUUUCGUGAAGGUUGUUUGUCAAUGCGUAGUUUUCUUACACGUUCCCCUCUGCGUCGCUAGCGAGAUUUGUAAGCGAGUACUGUAGCUUGUUGGCGGCGGAGCCAUGAGAAGAUUGGGAGCAGGUCUAAUUCCCUGGUGUCUUCGCCGCUCGCAAAAAACCUUCGAGGACGUUUGGCCACUCGCUUCGUCCCCGGGCAGUACAAUCCCGCCUUCAGCUCAGGCUAUAUUAGCUUACGGGCUUGCCCAAUUUGGUUUUCUCUCCACGCGUGUGGCGGGCGAAUUUUUUACACGGCUUACAUCACUCGCCUUUUACGUGCGUAAGUCCUCGUCGGCAUGCUCUGCGCAGGCUUCAUUACCCGUUACGUUUUUUAGAUUUUCAUGCAGUGCUUCUUACUAGGCGCGAGCUUUAGCAACGGCAACGAGAACAACAAACAAGCAAUAGGUUUAGACUGGCAAAAUAACAACUUUGCACCUGCAACACACUUUUUUUAAAAUUUCCUUGCCGUCACUGCACGUCUACGAAGACGUGAAAAUCGCUAUUUUUACGUUUUAUGGAGGACGUAAACAAGCCUCGACAAAUUUUUCUAUUUCUUUCUAAACUUGCGUUUGGCCCCCAAGAAACAAAGUCCAGGGAAUUCGCCUACUUUUGGCAUUUUCAGCAAACUGGAAUAAACGCGACAAAGUUGGAAAAACUGGUGCGAAUUCAUUUUUAUAGUGACGUUUUCGCUGCCUUUGCCGUCGUCGAUGCUAAAGUCCCCGCUGAGAUAAGGCGUUGCGUAAAAGUCAUGCAGUUGCAUAGAAUACGGACAUAAGACAGGAUCGUUUAUAUUGGAAGACUUCUGCUCUAAAUUUUUUUAUCACUGUGAUUUGAUGUUCAACUUUGUAAUUUUCCUGUAGGAAGCAACGGAGGAUUCACUGAAGGCUGAGAAGCGAAAACUUCAGCGAGAGGUGUGUUAUUCAAUUCUUUUUCUUACUAACGUGCACUGUAGGCGUGUUUUCGGGUGCGCGAAUGUUUUUGCGCGCGUAACCGCUUCGUUGAAUUCUAAAACAGUCGGAGAGUUGGGGCGACUCAAAGGGGACAAGGAGAGAAAACAGAAACCUUUCUUCUUCUCUCCCGUUCUUGUAGAAGAGGCAGGUCAACAAUCUAAAUUGAUUAUCUGCAAAGGGGAUUAUAACCUAUCACUGUCGAUUUGAGGGAAAAACUAGAAAUAAAUAAAUAAAAUGCUAUAAAAUAUCUGUUAGUCCUGUGAAGGGAGAUUCUCACAGCUUUUUUAAAGGACUUGGCGUCUCUUGCCUCAAUUACACUUGCGAGAAGUUUGUUCCGGUCUUUCAUUUUCUCGUCAGAAAGCUGUAUUAUUUGUAAGUGUUUGUUUGGUUACCUAAAAUAAGUCAGUUUUUAAACUUUUUCGCGCAGAAGUUCAAAUAUUUAAUCUCGUUUGUCACCUUUUUUUUGCUUUUUUGUUUUCUUUUUUUGCAGCUUCGUAAGGCACAAGACGAAAUAGGUGAAUUACAGACGGUCAAUGAUCAUCUACAGAAAAGAUUCGAUAAACUAAAGAGUAAGCGAAAGGAUGAUACGUAGUGCUCAGUACUGUUAUAGUUUAGGACAUUGAUUUCUGGUGAAAGGAAUCGCAGAUAUACUUGCAAUUAAACAGAAGGUUCGAUUCAAGGAAGGCCAAGAAAAUAGCUGAUAAAACGCAUCAGCAAAGAUCUUACAGGCCUCCGUCGGUAUUGGCUACAAUUCGUCACCCAUCAAUCUUGAUGGAGUAAAUGGAGACAAUUCGUGCGUUCCUGUCGCUUAAAAACUAUUUUACAAAAAUACUUCUUUGAGUGACUGGGAAAGUACGUUUUUCAUUCGUUAAAAACAGGAAAAAAAACUUAUAAUGUAAUUCUAAGUAAGAUAGAAAGUAAUUUUGUAUGCGCGAGUUUGUUUUAUAUUUUUGAAUUAGUGGUCGAUGAGAUGUAUGUAGAGGCUUUGGUUGAGUACCCGAUGUAAUUUUCACCGUGGUGAUUUGUACAAAAUCUCGCGUCACUGUUUGAACCAAUCGGAAAUAAAAGCUCGCCCGCACGAUUUUUCCCGCGCUUUGUGCUGGCUACCUGUGUUUCACUUCUGAUUGGUUCAUUUAAUUGUGAAACUCUGCUUUGAUUGGCCAGAGUGAGUACCUUGGUUUUGCUCAGGCGCAAUUACCAGCCGCUGUUCGAGAGAUGCUCCUGCACUCCUCCCAAAUCUAACGUUCGUUUCUUUUCGGGAGGGUCGAAGACCAGACUCGAUAAAACGGCGGAAAUCAAGCCCAGAGUCUACGGUGGUCUGUUAAAAGGGAGAACACUGAUGGGACACGUUCGAUCUGAUUUGAAAACUGCUUUAUGUAACACAUGUAGCAAGUGCGGUAUGACUGAGUGAAGAAAACUAAUUUGUCAUUUACUUAUCCCACACCUAAACUCACCUAAGUGACAUUAAAGAAUCCAUAUGAAGGGAAUUUAUUUCCGACGGUUUAAUUAAUUGCAC